AUGGAGUUGAUUGUAUUCUACUUAGAUGUGGAAGACGUGACUUCUUUGACGCGAUCCUCGGUUCAACUCUUCUCCAAGUUGCGGCUCUUCACCCUCCGGUUGAAUAUCAAGUAUCGCAACAGCAACCUGCUCCACCUAGCAGCAAAGUGCAACAAUCGUCUUCUCUUCCAGGACUUGAUUAACCACGGGGCCAAUAUCAACUCGUUUUACCGAGGAGAGACUGUUUUGAUGAGAGCGAUCAAGCACUCGUCAGUGGCUGUGAUUAAGCUCUUAUACAAGCAGCCCAAUUUGGACACCCGCCUAAAGAACAGCAAACAGAAAGAUGCCCUCUGGUAUGUCGUCAGAUACGCCGGAUUUAGUAUCGCUAAGAAUCUAUUGGAGAAGGUCUUGCAUCAAUCUGGCCUUGCUCUUCACACGCAAUAUGGGCAAGCAGGGACGGCGCUACACAUGGCGGUCUUCUGGGGCCGGAUUGGUAUUGCACGAAUGCUAUUGCUACGCGGAGCCAACCUUGAUAUCAAGAACCAUGCCGGCCACUCUCCACGAGAUUUGGCGAUUCAGGCAAACCGAGCUCCGAUGGUGGAGUUGAUAACAUCGCACCGUCUGCUCCCUGUAGCCUUCAGACAACAAAUUCUGGAGAGCGACGAUCCACCCCUACACCAAGCCAUAUCAUAUGGCUCACCCAAGGCAAUCAAACAACUUCUUGAGGAAAGAAAAGAAGAUCUGCAAAGAUAUGAUCGGAAGGGUCACACACCGCUCCAUCUUGCCGUGCGAAUGAAUUCCCCUGGACUGGUUGAUCUUCUCCUGAGCCAUCCCGGUAUCAAUCCCAAUCCCAUUAGCAAGAAUGGCAACACGCCGCUAUGGAUGGCAUCAGGCUCACAGUACGAUGAGAUUACAAAACGGUUUCUCCGGCAUGAAGGUGUGGACAUCAACUUCAUCGGUGGUCGCGGGAAGUAUGACACGCCCUUGAGCUGUCUACAUCACGCCAUACUGAGGCUAGAUACAACGAUUCUACAAGCCUGGCUGGAGACACCGGGGGUCGAUGUGAAUCAAAAAGCCGGAGGGAAAUCCGCUCUGGAACUCGCUGUGGAGUGGGGGCGAAAUGAUGCGUUGAAAAUGCUCCUCGACUUCCCGGGUAUUGCCCUCAAUGCGAGAGGAGGAGAUCCACCUCUUUGCCAAGCCGUGGAGAUUGGGACGCUGAAGACGGUCCAGCUACUUGUGAGUCAAGGUGAAAAGCUGUUGGUCAACGAGCGCACCUGCUUGAUUGGAGAUACCGCCCUGUGCAUCGCGGCCCGCCAUGGAAACGUAGAGAUCGUAAGGGCACUAUCACAGCACCUUGACCUCAAUCCAAACUUGGAGAAUAAUCAUUUUGAGCAUCCGUUGCUCCUAGCAGCUAGGCGAGGAAACACACAAGUGGUCAGCGAACUGCUUCAAGACAGCAGGUUGUCGACCCGCUCCAUGAAGGACGCGAGUCGGACGGGGAACAGCUUAGUGAGAAGCGCUAUUCAACAUCAGAUCGACUUGCACCGACGUUUCGAAGAACCGGCCAAAGAAUGA